GAAAUUUCUAAAUUGCUUAGGAUGAACCAAGACAAUGUAGUGACGAUGGUAGACGUAGUUAGACAACAAGAAGAAGAAAAUUGGCAUGAUUCUUCUUGUACCUUUCCUUUGAAUUGUGCGUCACAAGACGUCUUCGGUUGCAAACAGUGCACCAGGGAUGGACAGACGGCUGGCUUUUGUCGUGGUUGUAGAGCUAUUUGUCAUGGUGAACACUUUGAGAAGACGUUUGAAAUAGAUGGUAAAAGAGACUUUAUCUGUGACUGUGGAAACAGCAAGAUGCACAACACCUGCAAACUUUUUCCUGAUAAACCAGCCACAAACGAAACGAACAAGUACAACCACAACUUUUGGAAUCGUUUCUGUUACUGUGAAAAAGAGUACAGUGAGGACGCUGAAGAUAUGAUCCAGUGUUUUGUUUGUGAAGACUGGUAUCAUGUUUCGUGUUUGAACCUGAAGGCACCUUGGUGUGCUGGGAAUAUAUUUGAAGAGGAGUUUGACCUUGUUUGUUCACUUUGUAUUCAAAAAUAUCCUUUUUUACAACACAUUCUAAACGUAUACCCGACUAAACCGAAUGGACAAGAGUUAAAGUUCUGCGUGACUCAGAGUUUGCCGAGUGAGCCAGAACAACUAGCAAAUGGAGACUAUGGCUUGUUUCGUGGUUGGCAGAAUUAUCUUUGUCGAUGUGAAGAGUGCAGUUAUACCGUGUCCGAGCAAGGACUUUUGUUUCUGUUUGAGGACGAUGCAGAGGGAGAAGGAGAGGAUCCCGAUAACCAUGUUUCGCGUUUACUACACGAUCCUAUCGUGGAAAGAAUGUUUGUAGAGCGUUAUGCACUAGCUAGGGAGCUUUUAUACGAAGAAUUGAGACCCUUUGCAGAAAGCAAGUCCAUUGUGACGGAGCAGGAUAUGAACGCAAUAUUGAACCGACUCAAAGAAAGGAUUUUUAGCGAGACGACCGCGUCCUAAAACAUGUAUCCAUUAUAAUAGGACAUUUCAAGUCAUGGAUAUAAAAUGAAUAUGUUCUCAUGCGUUUGUUGUCUCUUGAUGCUUUACUGGAUAGUCGCAGCCCAUAAGUUCUUAAGAGUUACAUAUCUUAGAAUCAACAGAUGAUUGGAACUUAAAUAAAAGAGUUUUUUACUGU